UCGGAAAAGAUCCAGAAAGAACUUGUACUUUUUAACGUAGAGUGUUUAGAAAAAAUCUUGAACUUUACAAAUGAAUCCACAACAUUAUAUCAAAGUAUUUUAGCCAAUAGGUUAUGGUGUCACGUUGCAAUUCCUUUGGA